AUGACCACUUUAUAUUGUGAGCCGAAACUACGCGAUUUUGGCUUAGCGGAUCCCGGAUGGCGUGGUUUCGGUGGAUUUAUAUCAGAUUUGAAAACGGGAGAGAUUCCUCAGUACAAUUUGGAGGCGUUUUGGAAGCGGCCCAUUGCUCCCAUCGUUACUGGGUUUGCCGAGCCUGCCUUGCGAGUUGGACAUGUUGAGACGGCUCCACGACGACCUCCCGGUAAUGUUCGAGCAGACUUGGAUGCGAGGGCUUUUAUCAAUAUCAACUUGCUGGCAGCAAGACGCAGCAACGACCAAGAGUUGACAUUUUCAACUGUAUCAGCAGAUGCCGGUCGUCAGUCGAUCAACGAAUAUAGUUCGGAGAUCCAAGAUGGGGUAUUGUUGACUGAAGGAGCGUCGCAACAUAAAUUCGCAUCUGACAAUCCACCACUGGAGUUGCGCUAUAGUGACAUCAUUGACGAUCGGCUGUGGGUGCGAUGUAAGAGCCAUUUGAAUCUGUUUGACCCAAGCAGGGCACAGAAGCAAUGUGUCUUUAGA